AUGGCUUCUGUCGCAAAGGGCCGGCCAUCGCGCCGGUCUGCUCCCCGCCGGAGCUAUGUCGUUGAAGAUACAUCUGAAUCGGAGGACCUCGGAAAUGUCACACCAACACAAGAUGCACACGACGAUGACGACGACGAGGAGGAGCAAGAGGAUUACACACCAGUUCCCAAGAAAGCAAAAAGAGCCUCGGGCAAGAGAAUGACUCUGGAGCCCGUGACACCGUCUACUGUCCGCGCAACCGGCAAACCCCAAGAAGCAUCAACGGAUGAUUCCGAUGCGAUGGAUACAGAUGCCGAUGCCAACACCGAUGCAAUGGACGCGGAUGAGAUGGAUGUCGACGAAAAUGACGAGGAUGAUGAGAAUGACGAAGGACUUAGUAUUGCUUCAAUGGAGGCCGAUCCUGAAUCGCCUUCUAGCAAAGCGGCUUUGAAAAGAAAAAGUAUGGCUCACCCCCGCAAGAGUCGUGGCUCAAUCACACCCAAACCAACAAACGGCUCACUUCCAACUCCAGAGCCUUCCCAAUCACCAGAGCCUCAUGUGCGCACACAACGAGCCAGCGUGCCGCCUUUGUCUGAUAUCACCGAAUCCGCCGUCAACCAGAGCCAGUCUCCGUCGAAGCAACUGGAAGAACCCAAAUCCCAGAUUUCUAUCAUCAACCCGAACUCAACAGUCCUUGAGAGACCCAUGGAUAUUGUGGCGAAGUCCAGAACCCAGGCCCCCCAAGCACCCGAAGAGCCCGAGGGCCCCAAGCCCCGAAUGAUCAUUGAGAACCUUAUUCUGACAAACUUCAAAAGUUACGCGGGACAGCAGAUUGUUGGUCCAUUCCACGCCUCAUUUUCAUCUGUUGUCGGACCCAACGGCUCCGGAAAGUCCAACGUCAUUGACUCGCUCUUGUUUGUGUUUGGCUUCCGUGCCAGCAAGAUGCGACAGGGAAAAAUUUCCGCACUGAUUCACAAUUCCGCCCAGUAUCCCAAUCUUGCAUUUUGUGAAGUGGAGGUGCAUUUUUCUCAGGUUAUUGAUUUGCCUGAAGGUGGCCAUGAAGUGGUCCCAGAUUCCCAACUGAUUGUUUCCCGACGAGCGUUCAAGAACAACACCAGCAAGUAUUACAUGAACAAGAAGGAAACCAACUUUACCGCCGUGACAACUUUUCUUCGGGACCGAGGAAUCGACCUCGAUCACAAGCGUUUCCUGAUCUUGCAGGGUGAAGUUGAGUCGAUCGCUCAAAUGAAGCCCAAGGCCGCCAACGAACACGACGAAGGCCUACUUGAAUAUUUGGAAGACAUUAUCGGAACCUCGAAGUACAAGACCCCCAUCGAUGAAGCAGCCACCGAGCUCGAAACCCUGAAUGACGUAUGCGUGGAGAAGAACAACCGUGUCCAGCACGUGGAGAAGGAGAAGUCCGCCUUGGUAGAUAAAAAGGACAAGGCUCUCGCCUAUAUUCGCGAGGAAAACGAAUUGGCCCAGAAACAGUCCGCACUCUAUCAAAUCUACAUCGACGAGUGUGCCGACAAUGUCCGCGUCACGGAAGAGGCGAUUCUCCAAAUGCAAGAGCUUCUGAACAUGGAACUCGAGAAACACGAAGGAAAUGAAUCUGGCAUCAAAGAGCUCGAGAAGGCCUACAAAAAGGGCGUCCGUCAUUACGAGUCUAUGGAGAAGGACACCCAGACUCUGCUCAAGGAAAUGGCGAAAUAUGACAAAGAGUCUGUUAAGUUCGAGGAGAAGAAGAAGUUUUUACUGGGCAAACGGAAAAAGCUGGAGAAAGCCAUGCAGACCAGCCGUCUCGCUGCUUCAGAAUGUCAGAGCCUGGUUGAGAAGUUCACUUCUGACAUCGAGAAGAAGACUGACGAGACUACUCAGCUUGAGAAUGAGAUGGUAACAGAAGAAAAGGAACUGAACUCGAUCCGUGAGGGCCUCAAAGGAAAAACCCAGGGACUUUCAGAUCAGAUUGCUACUAAGCAAAAGUCUCUUGAGCCCUGGAACGCAAAGAUCAACGAAAAACAGUCUGCUGUUGCCGUUGCCCAGAGUGAACUCGAUAUUUUACGUGAGCGUGGAAACGCUGGCGCUGUUCUUCUCGAGGAGGCACAAGGAAAAAUCGUCACGAUCGAAGAGAGUUUACAGUCAAAGCAACAAGACCUUGAAGAGCGACAAGCCCAGAAGGAGAAAUUGGAAUUUGAGGUGGAAAAGCUCAAACAUGACCUCAAGAAGUAUGUUGGCCGUGAGCCCGAAGUUCGCUCGCAUGUCUCAAGUGCCCGGCAAAAGGCAGACGAAGCUAGAGUUAGCUUGGCCAGCACCCAGAAUCGUGGAAGUGUUUUGACUGGCCUGAUGCGGCUCAAAGAGUCGGGCCGUAUUGACGGUUUCCAUGGCCGACUUGGUAACCUCGGUACGAUUGAUGAGGAGUACGAUGUCGCAAUUUCUACAGCCUGUCCUGCUCUCGAUAAUAUGGUUGUCGAAACCGUGGAGGUUGGUCAGCAGUGUAUCGACUAUCUGCGCAAGAACAAUCUUGGCCGAGCCAACUUCAUUCUUCUUGAUCGCCUUCCUCGCCGCGAUAUGUCUACCAUCUAUACCCCUGAGAGCGUUCCUCGUCUGUUCGAUCUCGUCAAGCCGAAGGAUCCUAAGUUUGCACCGGCUUUCUACAGUGUGAUGCAAAACACAUUGGUUGCAAAGGACCUGGAGCAAGCCAACCGUAUCGCCUACGGUGCCCGGCGUUGGCGAGUGGUCACCCAAGACGGUCAGUUGAUUGACGUCUCAGGAACCAUGAGUGGUGGUGGUACUCGUGUUGCUCGAGGCGGUAUGUCGUCAAAGCAAGUCGCAGAUACCACAAAGGAACAAGUAUCUCGCUUGGAAUCAGACCUUGAGGAUCUGGAAAGAAAAUUCCAGGCGUUUCAAGAGAAGCAGCGCAAUGUGGAGGCUCAGAUGAAGGAAAGAUCAGAGGAAAUCCCUCGCGUCGAGACUAAGAUCCAGAAAAUCUUGAUCGAAAUUGACAGCACCAAACGCAGUCUUGUUGAUGCGCAGCGUCGUGUCAAGGAACUGAGCGCACAGCACAAACCAUCAGACUCCGACGAAGGUCAAAUUGCUGCCCUCGAGAAGCAAAUCAACAAGGCCCAAAGAGAAAUUGAGAAGCUCAACGAUGAGAAGAGCGGCAUCGAGGAAGAGAUUCAAGCACUGCAGAGCAAGAUCAUGGAAGUUGGUGGUGUUCGACUCCGUGGUCAAAAGGCCAAGGUUGAUGGCUUGAAGGAGCAGAUUGGCAUGCUUGCCGAGGAGAUAUCCAACGCCGAGGGCCAGCAGGCCAAGAAUGAAAAGCUCAUCAAGAAGCACACCAAAGCACGCGAUGUCUCGGAGCAAGAGAUUGGCCAAAUCAAUGAUGAGUUGGAGAAGCUCGAGGAGGAUGUUUCCAACCAGGCCAACGAAUCCUCCGACUGGAGACAGAAGGCCGAGGAAGCCCAAGAGGCAUUGGAGACUCAAAAGGAUGAGCUCACAACUCUGAAGGGCGAGCUUGACGCAAAGGUGACCGAGCUUAACGAAACUCGAGCCACCGAGAUCGAGAUGCGUAACAAGCUGGAAGAGAACCAAAAGGCAUUGGCCGAAAACCAGAAGCGCAGUCGCUACUGGGAGGAGAAGCUCUCCAAGUUGACAGUUCAGAACAUCAGUGACAUUGGUGAAGAGCAAGAGCCUGCUGAACUCCAGAUGUAUACCAAGGACGAGCUGGAGGCCAUGAAUAAGGAGUCUCUGAAAGCCGUCAUUGUUACCCUGGAAGAGAAGGUCCAGAAUGCUUCAGUCGAUCUAUCGGUCAUUGAAGAAUAUCGUCGCCGAGCCGCCGAGCAUGAAUCCCGCUCAGCAGAUUUGACCACCGCGUUGACGUCACGGGAUGGAGCUAAGGCUCGCUUGGAUGGACUUCGAUCUUCUCGUUUAAAUGGAUUCAUGGAAGGAUUUGGAAUCAUCUCUUUGCGCCUCAAGGAGAUGUAUCAGAUGAUCACCAUGGGUGGUAACGCUGAGUUAGAGUUGGUCGAUUCUUUGGAUCCCUUCUCCGAAGGUAUUUUGUUCUCAGUCAUGCCUCCCAAGAAGAGCUGGAAGAACAUUGGCAACUUGUCUGGUGGAGAGAAGACUUUGUCCAGUUUGGCGCUCGUCUUUGCUCUGCACCACUACAAGCCCACUCCGCUCUAUGUCAUGGACGAGAUUGAUGCCGCCCUGGACUUCCGAAAUGUUUCUAUUGUCGCCUCAUACAUCAAGGAACGGACGAAGAAUGCUCAAUUCAUUGUCAUUUCGUUGCGAAACAACAUGUUCGAGCUUGCUGCCCGACUUGUCGGUGUUUAUAAAGUUAACCACAUGACCAAGAGUGUAACGAUCGAGAACCGGGAUUAUAUUACCGGUCGUUAA